CAAGAUGACGAGGAUGCUGCCUGUCACCCUGCUGCUGCUCCUCUUCAUGCUGGACAGCAUUCAGACCUUGAAAAUUUGCUCCUUUAAUGUGAGGUCCUUUGGGGCAGCAAAGAGGGACAACUCCCAAGUGAUGGAUGUGAUCGUAAAGAUCAUCAGACGCUGCGACAUCAUGCUCCUGAUGGAGAUCAAGGACUCCCACAACAUCAUUUGUCCCACCUUGAUGAAAAUGCUGAACGGGAAAUCCCGAAGAGGCACAAAAGACUAUGACUAUAUCAUCAGUAGCCGACUGGGAAGAAAUGCCUACAAGGAGCAGUACGCUUUUCUCUAUAGGAAGAAUAUGGUGUCUGUGAAGAAAAGCUAUCACUAUCAUGACGCUCAGAAUGGAGAUGAAGAUGCCUUUUCCAGAGAGCCCUUUGUGGUCUGGUUCUACUCCCCUCAAACUGCUGUCACAGAUUUCGUGAUCAUCCCUCUACACACGACACCCGAGACAUCUGUUCGGGAAAUCGAUGAGCUCUUUGACGUCUACAUGGAUCUAAAACGCCAGUGGAAGCCUGAGAACUUUAUCUUCAUGGGAGACUUCAACGCGGGCUGCAAUUACGUCCCAAAGAAGUCCUGGAAGGACAUCCGACUUCGGAUGGACCCCAAGUUUGUCUGGCUGAUUGGGGAUCACGAGGACACGACGGUGAAGGGAACCACUAAGUGUGCCUACGACAGGAUUGUGCUUCAAGGCCAGAAGAUAAACAGUUCUGUUGUUCCGGAUUCCGCCAGCAUCUUUGAUUUCCAGAAAGCCUACAGGAUGACUGAAGAGGAGGCUUUAGAUAUCAGCGAUCACUUUCCUGUGGAAUUCGAAUUGCAGCCUGCAGGAAGCUUCACUGGCCUUGUCAGAUCAAUCGCUCCAAAAAAGAGAGGGAGAAAAAAGUCACAGAAGAAGCCCUAAAAGUAUGGGCUGAUUCUUAAUAAUCCCUUCUUUUUAUUUUCUUUAAAAAAAACACAAACAAACAAACAAAAUCAACCCAAGCACCAGCAUCUCUGGGAGUUAUGGCAACCACUCAGUUUGACCAUAAACCAUUAAGGGAAAAUGGCGCUGGGUUUGGAGCCAAAAGAACUUGGAUGAAAGCCCCAUUUCUGAGACUUUUUACCUACGUGACCUUGGGAAGGUCACUGGACUUCCUUGCCCUCAGUUUCCUUCUCUUUAGAAAGAGAGGGUGGGACUAUGAUGAUAUCUGAUUUCCCUUCUAAAUCUAUGAGCCUAUGAAACUCCUGGAAUUGAUAAUGUGAAAAGUAUGCGUUCCUUCUGACUCAGAACACACCUUGGUAUCCAUUCCCAAGAAAGUGAAGGACAAAAGCAAAGGUCCCAUAGAAACCAAAACAGUUACAGUAAUUUUUUAGGGGGGGGGGGUAGCAGCAGAAACAUUGGGAACAAACAGUAGGUGCCCAUCGAUUAGAGAAUGGCUGAACAAACUGGUUAUGUCAAUGCAAUAGAAUAUCAUUCGGGACAAAAUGACAAAUAGGAAGAAUUCAGAGAAAAGUGGGAAGAUUUGCCUGAACUGAUGCAGAGUGAAGGAAGAAGAAGCAAAAAAAAAAAAAUCAGUCUAUCCAAUGAAGAAGACAACAGUAUUGAAGAAAAGAUCACUAAAAGGAUGUCAAAUUUUUGAGUAACUGGAAAACUAGUAAUCUUCUGGGAGAAUAGACAACAAAAUAUAUUUUGGUCCACUCAUCAGAAGUGAGGGUCUGCAAGGGCUGAAUGCUUCCCACAUUAUCAUGGGGGGGUGUUUUUGCUUGUUUCCCUUACUCGAAUCAAUUCCACAUGCAUUUCUAUGUGCCAGGUCCUGUGCUAUAUUCUGGGGACACAAAGGCAAUCCCUCCCCUCAAGGAGCUGACAUUCAGCUCAAAUUCUUAGUCACCAGGAAGGGUUUGAUUGAGAUUGGGAUUGGGAGGGAUGGUUGGAGGAUCCACAAGGAUAAAGCUAUAUCCAGCAAUGAUUGUGAUAUAGAAACUAAAGGCAUUAAAUAAAGCAUGUUACAUUUUAAAAA